GACUGCUUGAUUAUUUAAUGAAUUCAAUAAAAGUUCAUGAAUAUAAUUAACACUAGUGAAAAAUUCUUGUUUUCAUCGAUUCCAUAUCACCUGAAUUUUUGAUUUCCAAAAAUAUAUUUUUACACCCGGUACAGUGACAUUUAUUUGCUGUGAACCAUUUCAAUAUCCGUAUUAGUACAUGUGUAGCUUUGAUGAAGGCUAUUUUGAGCUAACCUAAAUUUAGAUGUGUCGUUGCAUUUUACAAUGAUAAUGGGAUUAAUUCGUAAGAAUACGAUGGUCGAUGAAAAGUUAAUUGCCUCCAUGGUUUAUCGUAUCGGUUGACAUAUAGAAAUCAAGUAAAAUCAAGGACAAGUAAUUCAAGUGAAUUUAUGUACAUCAUUUAUAGGUUAGAAAUACGUACAUAAGUCCAAAUUGUUAAUAGAAAUAUUAACUGUAACCAGACAAUAACAAUGUCUUGGAUAAUAGUUUUUGGUGUAACUUGUUUCAUUCUAUACUGCAACUUCACCUGGGUGAUUCCUAGAUUCCUAGCAUGGCUGGUGAAAAGGAGAUACAAAAUUCAUCUACGUGUCGGGCACAUCGCCCUUCCUUAUUUUGUCUUACGUGAUGUUAAUGUUUCCAAAAAUGGAUUCACAGUCCAAGUAGAAGAGAUUAGUGUACGUAGCAGUUUAUUUAGCAGUGAUGUAGCUAAAUUGUUAGCCGUGGUGAUGCGUGAUGUGAGGAUCAACAAGGAUGUUCCUGCAGAAACCCCAUAUCAAAGGAAGAGCUCUGACGAACCUUUGGAUUUUCGAAAUAGAAAGAUUCCACCUAUCAUUAUAACUUUUGUUCAGUUCAUGGCUGUGCACGUGGAGAACUUGAGUCUCCUGGCACUUGGCAAUGGCUGGCUAGCCAACGGUAGUGCAGAAAGCCUCAGUCUGGAUGGAAGCGUAGUGCACGGUGCUCGGACACUCCUGGCAUCAGCAGCUGUAACUGGUGGUGCUAUGAAAUUACUGCGACAUGCAUCGGAUGCUUGUCUUUCACAGCUGAGCUUUGCAGGAACCGUCGAGGCGACUCUGAAGGCCCAGGGUGAACUCUCGGUAGAGAAAUUAUAUAUCGGCGUGACACAGACAGAGGGUUCUGGAGGAGCUGGACUCCUACAGUUCUUGAGGGACAGAAAAUCGUUAACACCCGCGGCACCGUGUUAUGAUGCACCUACUCAGUCACCUGGAGAUCUACUGGCCAGGUUAGCCCCGAUAUUGCCCAAGAAUUUCACCCUGAAGAUGGGUAGCUCAUCCGUUGUCGCUGGUCGAGAGGAUGGGAACAUUGUUGGCUUGGAAGGAAUUAUGAAAGGACUUCACGUAAAUGCCAGAUUUCAACCUCAGGGUCCGCAAGUUCAUUUGGCUAUUAAAUUGGAUGGGUUUUCCGUUCGGGGGAAACUUCCGGUUCUCUCCUUGCAGUCCUUGUCAAUCGAUUCAAGAAUGGAGGACGAUGUUUUGCAAAUUAAUACUCAACUGAACAAUCUCGCAGUGACGUACGAUCAUAGAGACUGGGAGUCUCUUCUGUUCAGUGGCGGUAAAGACAUUCCAAAACCGGAUGUUAACAUUUCCUCUACAAGGAAGCUUCCGUGGUUGGAAAUACGGGCAGAUACUGAACUGUACGAUGGAAAUUUGAUUGUCAAAUUGCCUGAUGCGCAAGAGGCAGCGUGUGGAGUAGCUCACAUCAAAUUCUCUUUCCACAGAAUCGCAGAGAAUGUCGAAGAAUGGAAUACCGAAUUAGCUAUUAAAUCUCUGAGGUGUUCCUUGGACGGUGCUGAUGUCGGUGUACCAGAAGAUUCUCAUCAUUGGGGCAGUCCUCUUUCCGUUGGAGUAUUUUUAGCUACCACGCGUACAAAUGCUAUUGGCAUUGCAUUAAGCGAUUUAAGAACCGAAUGGAGCUUGAAGCUUGCAAAGUUUUUGGAGCAGGGAUUCACGUAUUGGAACGACCGAAAGAAAUCUAAGAAGCAAAAGGAGGAGGAUCCCCCUGAUGCGAUUCAAUUGAACCUUAAAGCCUCUAAUUGUAAUUUAUUCUUUAUCGCGGAAAAUGAUCUAUCAAUUAUGGUGCGACUGGAUUCUGCCAGCAUGGAGCACAGCAAGAGAAGAUUCGUUGUGGUAUCCGACGGUCUCAGUGCCAUCACGCUAAAUAAGAACGAGCCCAUUAUUUGCAAACACGCUCAAGCCCUGACGCAUCCAUUUCUGGCAAUUCGAAAAUGCAAGUGCGCCAUUUAUUUAGACGCCGUAAACAUGAGUCUCGAUGGAAUGAAUUUAGCAUGGAGUCCGAAUCUGCAUCUGCGUCUUUUACAACUGUGGUUGGAAUCCGAGAGUAUUCGUUCAAUCAUACCGAAGAAGUCCAGUGGUAAUGCAGUUGAUGGCGGAGAAAAGAAACCAAAAAAACCUUUGGACCUAUUAGCCACCGGUGGCAUCACUCUUUCUAUUGAUAUAUCGCCAAGACACUUUUUGGAAUUGUCUUCUGAUCAGUUGCGCUGGUCUCAGGGCGAAUGGAAACUCAAUUUUGUUCGUGUGGCCUUGGACCUGGCCGAUAUAAUUACGAUCGAAGGAUUUGAGUUAGUCAGGCUUUUUGAUAACGAGGAAGUAAGAAUCGAAAGACAGCACAAUGAAGACUUUGAAUUAGAGUGGAAUAACACGUGGGCAGUAAAUAUUGAAUCUGCAAAGGCCUGUUUCCCGUACGAGCAUCAGUUUACUGAAGCUAUACAAAAUGAGCUCUUCAGUAUUAGGAAGUGGCUCAAGGAGAUACACUCUUCUGGGAAACCUAAAAUUCAGUCAUUACCAAAUGACUUGGUUAUAAAGAUUAAAGAAUGGAUCUUUGAAGUGAGCGACGAUCCAUUCGAGGUUCGCUUGAGAGACAAUUACGAACUCCUCGAAGAUGAGUAUAAGGAGAGUUUGAAACGUCAGUCUAUGUUGGAUGCAAAAGUCCAGGAACUUUGUAGAGCGCAUUUAUUAUUGCCACAAGGAAAAGUCGAGGAACUGUACGCAAGUCUCAAUAAGAAAAAUGCUGAGAUCUACGUGCAGAGAUGGAAACAGAUGCAGCGGGCUGGUCCGGCAAGAACGCGACUCUUCGCUUGGACCAUGCAGGAUUUAGAAAUUGUAGCAUUGGCCGAUCCUUCGAUAAAUGGAACUGAGAGAGCUACCAAGGCUAUUCGAGAAAUGGAUCCAGAGACACCCUGGCCAGAAGAUGGUCUUGAAUUUAACACUCUCUGGGUCAGAGGUAUUGCUGUCAAAUGCGCUGAGUGGAAACUUCAACUAAGAGACUUUCCGCAACCGCUGCUUCUCGUGGAAGGUCUCAGUAUAUGGGGUAGACUGGCUGGAGGUGAAGCACUUGCUCCACCCAGGGCGCGACGGACAGUAAGAAUCGAAAUCGGCGCCCCCUGGGACGACAUCGUCGUGGAACGUGGAAUGACAUCUUUGAAAUACUAUCAUGAUCUGAACUGGGAUAUAGAUAAAUUUCGAUAUGCUUUUGGUCCUUGCUGGGAACCAGUGAUAGCUCAGUGCAACUUGAGCUUCGAGAAGAUAAUCCAUCCCUCGCGAGAUCCUAGUCCGCCAUUACCUUUUUGGGAUAAGAUGAGGCUAGCUCUCCAUGGAAGAUUAACUCUGUGCGUUAAACAAUUAACUGUACUUCUCCAUGCAUCUCUGGAUCCUUACAAUACCACUGAAGAAAUGGAAUUGACCUGGUCAGGCUUAGAACUAGACUGGACACAAGGUAGAAUCAUCAUAAAGGGUGAUCUUGAUGUCUACGUUAGAACUGCCAGUAAAUACGAUGAUUGUAGAUUACUGCAUCUACCUAAUGUCAGACUUAGUAUUAAAUUAGUUUGGGUCUGCCUUGGUGAUCCUCGGGAUCAUCAUGCAGCAAUACCUUGUGCCCCCGAUAGACUGCCAGAAUAUUCCAGUAACCAGGAACAUGAUUCCUUCCGAGCAUUCAGAUCUCAGAAUCUAAACGUCAGUCUGUCUUUGGAAACAAAACCAACAGGCUCACCAGCCUUGACCAGUGCUCCUACUGCAUUGCUCUAUGGCAGCACUCUAAGGUGGUUCGAAAAUUUGAAAUUUAUACUUUCCGGUGCUACGAGACCUACUAGAAAAGGUCCCCUCUUCAAGAAUACCAGACCAAGAAAGAAGCAGCUCAGUAGACAUUAUCGAAAGGUCAGACUGACUUUGGCAUUCCAUCGUUUUCACGUUAGCUACUGGAUGUCUUUUGCGAUGCAGCGAGGUUUUGAAGUGACUGGUGGUAGAGUGGCUUGUAGUUCAGAGCACAACUUAUCUCUUCAUCCUAUAGAGGAUGGCCUCUAUCACAGGCCUAGAGCAGAAUGGUCUGUAAUUUACAUGAACUGCGAAUUGAGCGACGCGGAGAUAUGGUUGAAGAGUGCACUACAAGAAGAGGAGGAAAGUGCUUCACUACGUCAACCUGUGGAAAAGUGUUACUGUCUCAGUGUUGCGCGCGUUAGUUAUGGCAGGGAAGCCAUGGUGACCGGAGUCAGUGGAGACACGCCUACUCACAGACUGGUUGUCCACGAUUUGAAAGGCGCCUGGACCAAAACUAAUAGGGACGUAGCCUUUGCUCUUUUUGAUUCGUUUAUCAAGACUCAACAGCUUAAGAAGAAUCUCUCGACUGCAUCCCUCAAGGGUUUUCAUCGUGAGAGCUCCUCGACACCGCAUAAAAAUAGAAUAACCCGACCGGUGGACACGCAGAGCACGCCGACCCAGGUGACCCCUUCGCAAGCCACGAAACCCCAGCAGGGUGAAGCUGCUGGGAUGCUCCAGAGAUUAAUAGCAGAAGCUGCAAAUAAGCCAGUUGCGUUCAGUGAUGAUUUAUCCGAGCAAACUAGAGGGCAGCAGCUGCGGGGACUCGCAGCGUGUCAGCAGGAUGAUGUUUUGCACAAGAACUGGCUGAUUGCCUUAGUGAACAGCCAAGUACUGCUGAAAGGUAUUGAGACUCGAGGUUACGUUAUCUUGUCAGCCGCCAAGGCUGAAAUAUUGCAAAGGGUUCAUUGUCCAGUCUGGCGUGAAAGAACUCUGGUUUCUAAAACUACUUGGGUAGGCUCUUUGGAGUGCAUGCAAUAUUAUGCCACUGUCAGUGCAAAUAUCGAUGACAAUAUAGAUGACAACAUUAUGUGGCUAACGCUGGACAACAUACAAGAGAAAGAUUCUACAGUAAUCGCUGAGCUUCCAGACGUUCCAGCCUUAGUGGGGUCAGGUCAGAGUGUCGGUGGGGUUGUCAGUCAAACUGUUGGAGGUGGUGGUGGAACACAGCAUCAAUUACAGCGCAUAGUAUCUCGUUGUAAAUGUGAAUUCUUUUACGUGGGAUAUGGUCAGGUCUUGGAUGCUGGUUCUCUGGACGAAGUUCCUCUUCCACCAGGAGAAGAGGUCAGUCCUUGGGAAAGAAAGGAACAUUCCGCUGCAGAUGCUUUUACAUUAAUGCAUCACGACUUGGAUGUCUGUACCAAUUCACUGCAAUACGCUAUGAUCUUGGACAUUGUGAACAAUCUUUUGCUGUAUGUGGAACCUAGAAGAAAGGAAGCUCUGGAGCGUCUACAGAGAAUGAGAUUCCAGCUGCAGCUUCAUUCCAUAGAGGAUCAAAAACGACCUAUACAACAGCUGCAAAAUACUGUGCGUGGGCUGGUUGCUAAAUUGCGAAGACUGGAGCGUGAAACUUAUUUAGUUCAAAAAGCUCUUGCUGACGAGUCGAGUCCUGAACUGUUGGCUGAAAUGGAAAGGCUCGAAGAUCGCGUGUUUGAAUGUAAGGAGCAACUGGCUGCCAAAGCGGAGGAACUUGAUGUGAUGCUGAGCUGUUACAAGGAGACGACAGCACCAGCAGCUGCGUCAGCUACAUUAAAAGAUAAACCAGCUGCAGUUGCCCGGGCUGCCGAGAUUUGCUUUAAACAUGCUCAGUGGAGACUCACGGAUGCGGAUGGUCAAUUGGGUAUAGCAGAUCUUAUUCUUACUAAUUUUGUUUAUACGAAAACUAGUAAGACCGACGAUUCUGUCGAGCAUCUUCUCGAACUUGGUUACGUCAGAAUGACGAAUCUUCUGCCAAAUCAAAUUUAUACGGAAGUCUUGACACCCACGGAAUUGCAAAGUAACAUGCCAGUUGACAGGCAGAGAGCUCUGCGUGUUUUUUGCCGAGAGAAAGCUCCCGUUGCUGGAAUUUCAGUCAAGGAGCAUUUUGAGAUCAACGUCGUACCUCUGACUAUAGGAUUGACCAAAAAGUUCUUUAACACGAUGUUGAAGUUUUGCUUCCCGGAAAGAGAUCCGGAAGGUAUCGAAGAGCCCCCAGCGCCACAAAGAGAUUCCUCUUUUUAUGUUCCCAUUGAGAGGAGGGAUGAUGUGGAGAAGAUGAAGGAAAGAGCUGACAAAAAUAAGUUGUUCAUUUAUAUAAAAAUACCCGAAGUACCUGUUCGUGUUUCAUACAAGGGUAACAAGGAAAAAAAUUUGGAAGAUGUAAGGGAUUUUGCACUAGUCAUUCCCACCCUGGAGUAUCACAAUGUAACGUGGACGUGGCUUGAUUUACUUUUGGCGAUGAAAAGUGAUUCUAGACGCGUUAUACUGAGUCAGGCUAUUAAGCAGAAAUUGCAAAUAAAACCUAGAGGACCUCAGGAAGAGUCUACACCUCAAGAAGAGGAUAAGGCUCGUCUUCUCUUUGGCGCUCGGCAUCUUCCUGGUGAUGCUCGGAAGAAGAGUGUUUUUAAGUUUAAAUAACAUUUUUUUAUAGCUAGACUCUUGGCAAUUCGCAAAAAUUUCGCUUAUUGUAAGCCAGGAGGAUGUCGUCAAAUUCGAAUGAAUGAUUGAUACUUAGAAGUAACUAUUUUUUAUGUGUCCUUCGAAGAAAGUUAAAGUCCUUUUUGAAAAUUAUACUAAUGUAGAUUUACUUAUGGUUUUGAUGCUAGGAACAAAACUUGGAAUUGCUAUUACGCCUCUCAGUGAAAUUCCAAUAAUUCAAAUACAAAGUACUGAGCCUUUUUAUCGUUCAGACUGAUUGUCAUUGUUGAAACUUUAAUUGCACAAAUGUCCUAAUUCGUGGUAAUUAGAGGAUUAUUUUUCAUGGCCAGUAUUUUUUGACGGUAUUAUAUUUACUGCGACAGUGCACUGGUUCGCGAAGCAACUGUACCACCGGCAUUAAGAUAACAGGAACGCGUCGUUGUAUAUUUUCUUAUUGUCAAAUUUUAGCACUGCGAACGUAAUACAGCUGGCUGUUUAUUUAUUCCUUAGUCUAGAGUACGUCUGGAGAAUCAAUUAAGUCGAGUAAUAAAAAAAAAAUUAAUUUAUAAAAUA